UCCGAACCCCGGCGCAAGGGGGGAAUUAGAAACUGCUCUAGAAGGAUUUUAAACAACUGGCUGUUCUCUCUGCCGCCGCCCCUCCCCCCGCGCCGCCCGCGCUCGGCUCCUCACUGGAGAGAAGGCGCCGGGAGGAGGGGAAAGUGCGGCCUGGAAUCGCUGGUAGGAGCCGGCGGAGCUGGAGCUGUGGCGGCCCCAGACUUUGGGGCGCCCGCCGAGUACACAGACAGACAUACGGCCCCAGCUUUCGUGGGAGCCCCCACCUGCUCCUCUCCUGUCUGUGAGCCCGCGCCAGUACCCUGGAUUGAUCUCUACAGCCCUCAGCCGUUCUCCCUGGGGUGUCGACCCCCCUCCCCCGUCCCCCCACCACGCCCUGCUCCCAGAGGGCCGCAGGCAGGGGACACACGCGCAGUUCCCUGAACCUUCUGUUUGAGCGACCCAGAGCGUCUCGCCUUCCCUCCUGGGUAGAGAUUGUCCCUCCCGCCCUCGGCGGGCGCCGCUGGGGUGGCGUCGCCUCGCCCCCGGGGCCGCACCCUGCUUCCCUGGGGAACACCCUGCCUCAGGCCUGCCUCCCCUCUUUAGAGUGAUUUGGUGGUGGAGACAUGACAUUCAUGGACUCAGAAGAACGGGAAGGAGUGAUGCUGAGUGAGUUAUAGUCUAAUUGUCACCUGCUACUUGUGGAAGGAAGAGAUGUUUGGCAUGGCACUGAUCAAUGUGUAUAUUUACUGGGAAGUUUACCCCAGGAGAAAAGAGAAAACCAGCUGUGUGAAUGGAAUUUGGAGAAAGCUCCUUAACUUGAGGAAGACUGAACAAUGAAGGGACAUUCUCUGUGGCCAACUCUGGGUUGCAGAAGUGUCUCAAUAAAACAAAACAAAUAAAAAGCCAGAAGGCUUAACUUCUAUGAGGCCCUGUGGGAAACAUGGGUUUAAAAUGUAGUGGACAACCAGAAGCCUGUGAAGUUAUCAUUUAGUAUGGAAGAAGAUGAGUUCUUUGGAGAAAAAACAUUCCAGCAUUGUUGUGCAGAGUUCAUUAGACAUUCACAGCAGAUAGGUGAUGGCUGGGAAUGGAGAACUUUGAAGGACUGUUCUGAAGGCUACAUGUGCAAAACACACUUUCAAAUUAAACCCGAGACUCUGAUGUCACAUUCGGGAACAUCUGCCUGUGUACAGACAUGUCUUCCCAUUGAGGAGGCUUUAGAACUACCCCUGGAUGAUUCUGAAGUGACUGAGACCACAACGGGAAGCCAAGUGAUUAAAUAUGAAUAUCAUGUUUUAUACUCCUGUAGCUACCAAGUGCCUGUGCUUUACUUUAGGGCAAGCUUUUUAGAUGGAAGACCUUUAGCUCUGAAGGACAUAUGGGAAGGAAUCCACGAGUGCUAUAAGACAAGGCUGCUGCAGGAGCCAUGGGACACUAUUACCCAACAGGAGCAUCCAAUACUUGGGCAGCCUUUUUUUGUACUUCAUCCCUGCAAGACGGAUGAAUUCAUGACUCCUGUGUUAAAGAAUUCUCAAAAAAUCAAUAGGAGUGUCAACUACAUCACAUCUUGGCUGAGCGUUGUAGGGCCAGUUGUUGGGCUAAAUCUACCUCUGAGUUAUGCCAGAGCAGCUUCUGAGGAUGAAUGAAAUGUCCAUCAACAAGGUAAAAAGGAAAGCCCGCAUUGAAUGGUUUGCCAAGACAAAGACCCUGUUAUCUCUGUUACACUUAGGGUCUUCACUGGCCCCAUCAAAUGUUAAGUCUUCUUUCAUCUUUAAUAGGCUGAACAUGGACUGUUUGUUUAGGAUUUCAGCCAGGCAGGGCCCCAUCGUUUAGGAAGCAUUGGACUUUGCUACAAUAACACUCACUCAAACAUAGGAGUGGAUGGCUUUAUUUCAGAAUUGUAAUAAUUCUUUUUGCUCAGUUAACUUUCUUUUAUUCUCUUGGCUUUUGUUUUGUUUUUGUUCUUAACUUUCUUCUGUUGAGCCAAAGAACUUAGAAAAUUGUGGCAUGAAGGACACCAAAAGUAUACUUGGCCAGCCCCGGUUUUAAUAGGACAAAUACCGUGCAAUAUUUCGACUCACCAAGACUUUGACAUGGAUUAUUUUUUCUAUUGGAAGCAAAUGUCUGUAGUAACUGAUAUACUGUAUACCUAAUCUGGAAGAAUUUUUGGUUUGGAUUUGCUUGUUUUGUUUUUCAUUUUAACUUGCCCAGGGGUUGAAACGAAGACAAAAUGUAAUUGUCUCUUUAGACAAUCUAGAUCGGUGUCUAUCAAUGAGGAAUGUACUUUAGAAUCACCUGUGGAUCUUUUAUGACUAUGAAUGCUUGGGGCUAUCUUCUGAAACAGCCUCACUGGGGUGGUUCUGACCCACCUGCUUCUGGAGAACCUCUGAUCUGGACGUACCUUUAGUGUGGCAUUUAUUUGUAUUGUUUUGGUCUCCCAAUAGGCCUUUUCCAGUUCUGUAUGAGCUCCAGCAAGCCUGACUUACUUCCUACCAUUUGUCUGGACUUUGCUCCAGGCCUCCUGGUUGUUAAGAACACCUAGGAGACAUUUGUUCACUAGACAGCCCACUUGGAGGAAGCCAUGGGGUGAGGGGGUUAUCUACUGGCCGAUCACAGUAGACUGUGCCUGCACUUUUAGUCUGUAGGUUCGAGGCUGAGCUCUCACACUGGGAGUGGAAGUAGAGAAUGGGUUAAUUCAAACUGCUAGAAAAGCUAAAAGUAAAUUUUAAAAUGCUGAGCUGCACAUAUUCAUGCUGGGAUGAGAGCCUGCUUACAUGCUUGCUGGGCAUUUUGGUAUUUACCACUUAACAUCUUUUCAACUUCUGCAGGGAUUUUCAUCACCCACCGCCCGCCCCCCCCAAUCCACUCUCCCUAAUGUAAACACAGAUUUCUCAGCAAGUCAUUUCUCAGACCAUGUCAUUUCUGGGGUAACAAAACUAAAUAAAUUAUAAUAAUGUGUCAUCUGGAUGAUGUACUCGUUUGGAAAUAUUAGUUAUCCUUUGCUACCAGAUUCUGAGGGAUAGUAUCAAUCACAUAGGGACAAUGUUUUUGUUGGUGUCAGAGUUGUUUUCAAGUUAAUUUUUUUUUUGGUCUGCUUGAUGAAGACCUUAAAAUUCAUCAGUGGCAGAAAAUAAUUCUGAAAAGCUCUUGUAGGUUGUAGAGACCACUCCCCCCAGAUAGAUAUCUCUGCUCAGGCAGCUCUAUUUCUUUUCAGAAUAGUUUUUGCUUUAAAAAAACUUAAUUUUUGAUUGAUAAAAAUUUCCAUUUUUAAGAAUGCAGCUACAUAACAGACUGUUAUCCCAACAGUUAUAAAACAUUAGAAAAUAUUUUGUUUUGUCAAAGUAACAGCUCUUUCUCUGCAAUAUGAGGAUUUUUCCUCCGGGUUUCUUCUCCAGUUAAUAUAAUGCAAAACCCCUUCAAUCAGAAAUAGUGCUGGUUAAAACUACCAAACAGUAUCCUAAACUGCUUUUGUGUAGCCUUGGAACACUUACUUCACCUCCUUGGUCCUCAGGUAUGUGAUUUGUGAGACCAACUGUAAUUCUUGGUCUGUGAAAUAGAAGUGUUGAAUUCUAGACUGUGAGGUUGGUGAGCUGCCAGCUGUGUGACUUGGGCUAAAUUUCCUAAUCUCCUUUAGGCUUUUGCCAUUUCUAUUUUUAAAAAGCCCAUUAACAUCCAUCCUACUCACCUACCAAGAGCAGGAAGGAGAUCAAAAUGCUAAGUCAACCUGAAUGUGCUUCAUAACCAACAUAAUGCCACAAGAGUAAGGGUGAUCUGGGAUAAUUAGCCCCAGCUCCUAUCCAGUGUCAGCAUACAUUCUCCCUCCCUCCCUCCCACCUUGUUUCCCAACACAAAUGGACCCCACCCCCCCAUCAGGCAAGUCGUCUCCACCCACAUCCUUAUCUGAGUGUUGUUCUUGCUGGCUCCCACCUGGAAAUGCUUCCUUCUCCAUCUCUCUACUCAAUUCUCAACCUAGUCUAUAUAAUUCACUCUUACAAAGCCAUCUCUGACCACCAUAGCUCCCACUGGUCAACCUCUCCCUUCAUUACUCACUGCACUUAGUCAUAGUAGCAUUUAAUUUUCUCCCUUUCACUCUGAUCGCCUCCUUAAUGAUGGAUAAUAAAAUAACUUACCCACUUUCUUUGGUAUGUUAUAAGGUAGCAUGCACAUGAGAGUUGUUGUCUGCCCUUUGUAAGUGAUCCAGGGAAGGCUCUCAGUCUGGGGAUUGGGCCAGCAGCUGUGUUGAUCAUUUGAUACUAUAGCCUACAGACUGGGGGAUAAAAAACCCAAACUAACCAUCUUCCUAACAGAGAUGUAUUAAAAUAAAGAUGUAUUAAAGUAAAGGAAGUUAAAACUGG